AUGUCAAAAGUCCUGGCCGCAGCUCUUGCCUUCAUCGCCAUUUGCCUGAUCCUUGUCAGCGCAGCGCCCGCCCCGCCCUCUCGGCUGCUGGACGCCCAGACGGCCAUCCAAAAGAUAAUCGAUGCCUACAAUCGCAUUCCGGGACCCUCGGUUGUCCACCCCUGGGAGGUGGCCAGAGUGAUUGACCCAAACACCUUUGUGGCCCACUUUUAAGGCUCCGCCUCUCCCCUGACCACCUGUACAACUCAACCAAAAUGCUCGAAUAAAUUCUACACAAAAUAUAAGUUAAACGAAACCAAAACUCUUUGAAUUCCUUCCAGCCAAGCUUUCCUUACUCAGCAUCUAAAAUGCUUUUAAACACUGCAAUUUAAGGGCUUAAUUGC